AUGGCGGAUGCAGUUGUUCAACUUCGAUGUGGAGUUAAGGUAAAAAUACUAUCCGCCGUGAAAUUCUACCAGUACAUGCUAACCUUUAUUCGUGACAAGAAUGACUCCUGGGGCAAAACAGGGAAAGAGUCCGUUGUAGCUCAGUUGUGGUCCAAGUCUCCGAACAACGGACCGAUCGAUGAUUCCAAACAUUACUCAGAGAUGUGGCUGGGAACCUACCCAUCAAACCCAUCCUACUUACUGUCGACAGGCGAGCACCUUGGAGAGUACCUAAAGAAAAACCCCCAGCUUGUCGGCAAGUCGGUACACGAUCGGUGGGGCCCAGAGAUUCCAUUCCUGCCAAAGAUCCUGUCUUUCAGUCAGGCUCUGCCUCUUCAGAUCCACCCAGACCUCAAACUUGCCGCGCAACUUCACAAAGAAGACCCCAAAAAGUAUGGCGACACUAUGCACAAGCCGGAGAUUGCAAUUGCACUGUCCAAGUUCGAGCUUUUCGCUGGCUGGAAACCGCUCAGUCACAUUGAAACGCUUUUCAGACUCAACCACUUGGCAAAGUUCCUGCCCAAGAAAGGCGAGUUCAACGACGAGGCUCUGCGCCAAGUGUGCAAGAAUCUUCUGAAUGCAACACCAAAGGAAGUCGAGGAGACGACAAGAGACCUACAAGCGAUUCCGGACUCCCAUUUUGGAGCUCACUCGUACAUCCCGGCUCUUCUCGCCCGUCUGGCGAAGCAAUAUGGUGAAGGCGACAACGGUAAUCUCGUUGCCGCCCUACUCAUGAACUACCUGACGCUUGGGCCUGGUGACUCCGUUUUUGUUCCAGCGGACAGCAUCCACGCUUAUCUGGAGGGUGACAUCGUUGAAUGUAUGGCGCGGUCGGACAACGUCAUUAACACCGGUUUCUGUCCGGCUGCAGAUCGGGACAGCGUCGAGCUGUUCGGGGAGGCGUUGAGUUUCGUGCCACAUAAUGCGAAUGAUGCGCUGUUACCGCGCAAAAAGAGUGACAAAGGCAUGAAAGGAAAGACAGAUGUCUAUGCGCCACCUAUUAGCGAGUUCGCGGUGCUCUGUACCACUCUUGGCGCUGGGGAGGAGGAGACGCACAAGGCUAUCUUGGGACCUAGUUUGAUGGUCGUCACCAGAGGGUCUGGACAGAUGAACAUCCCUGGUGGUAAGACCCUUGAGCUGAGUGAGGGCUGGGUCUUCUUUGUUGGGCAGGGUGUCGCGCUUGACUUCACCACUGAGAAGGGCAUCGCAGUUUACCGGGCGUAUGCAGAGUAG